GUCGAGUCUUGUGGGUCGCUUUAUAUGGUCCUGGCUUUGGUCUUCACUUCAGUCUUCAGUUCAUCUGUUCAGUUCAGCUUCAAUAUUACAGAGAAAUGACAGUCACAUAAUUCUACCAAGAUCAUUAGGCUGAAAUAAUACCGUAGUCUCCCAUUGGCAUUGGACUUGUAGUGCCGGUGCUUCGUACGACACUACAGCAUCUACGGAAAAAAGGUCUUCUACAAGCCCAUCUUAAGUAGAAGAGGUGAUUUACAGAUAUACAUGCUAUGAAGAACUGUAGGAGCCAUGAGAAAAGUUUCUAAGAGGCUCCUGGUAAGGAGUCUAGUACUGGGAAUGAUUGUACUUGCAAUAUACUUCACACACAAGGUAUCUCAGUCACUUGCAAUUACAUGCCCAGAUGAAAAGGCAAAGGAGAUACUUAAAGAUUUGUGCCAAUUGUAUGAAGGCAACCAAGUAGACGGCAAUGUCUGUUAUGAUCUGUGCCAGACUGAAUCCAUCCAGUACGUCUCCUGCUUCAACUACCACAAGGGUAAGGUUGUUUUCCGUGGGUCCUGGAAUGGGCAUCCAGUCAUUAUGAAGUCUAAGUACAGCCAUCUCUCAGACUAUCCCCGUCCCUUUGCCUCUGUGAUUGACAAAGAAGGUGCCAUGAAGACUGUGAUUCCUGACAUGGCUUUGUUCACCUCUAUGGUCUAUCAUCAAGUUCAAGGACAGUUCGGUUUUGAGUUGAGGAUGACAGAAGAGCACCUGCUGAAACACAUGUGGAAGAGCAAAGACAAUACUGAUACUAGAGAAGGACUAACUAAUGCAGACAUUGUAAGCCUGUGGGCUUUGCUGCAACAAGAGGAGUACGUAGUUUACAAGUUCUGGAACCAGUUUCACCAUUUUCCUGAGAUCUAUGGCAUGUGUGGCCAUUUUUAUUUUCUGGAGUAUGUUCCUCCAGGAUAUAUCCUCAACCCGAGUGCCAUCAGCAUGCAGCAUCAGCUUGCGUCUCUGCCCUGGUUGAAUAGGGCAAAAGUUGCCAUGUCAAUGAUGGAGUUCCUCAGCGCUGUGGAUGACCAUUUUCCAGAGAAACUGCACCUCUGUGAUGUGAAGCACAAUAACUUUGGAGUCACGCAGGACUGGGUUGUCAAGGCCAUUGAUGUUGAUAUUACCUUCUUCCAGAAUCAACUGGACACUACUUUGAAUCAACCCGAGUGCACUUCUGCUGAAGACUGCCAUUUCUUUGACUGUAAAGGAUCCUGCAAUGCAACAUCUGGGAGAUGCAAUAGCCAACGAUCUAAUACUAAUCUUCAGGCUGUUUGUGCUGAUAUUUUCAGCAGACACUAUGGGACUCCAGGCUUGCUCAGGUUGCCACCCACACAGGUAGCCAAACAAUUAGACUCAGUACUCCAGGAGUGUCUUCAACAGAAGGGACUUCCAUCAAGCACUAAGAUAUCAGAAACAACUGUCUACCAAAGAUUACUGGAGGUGCUCAAGACCAGUUUGCAGUAUGUAGAGAGGUGACAGAAAUAAACAGAAAGUGCAAUGAGAUAUUUACUAAACUGAAUUAUUUUUCUACUAUUACAUUUAUGGCUGAAUUAAAAAAAAAUGUAUAUAUUUUUCAUAUUGAGUUACAGCGGUGCUACAUGAAAUUUGCUUUUAUAUAAUAUAGGCCUAGCGACGUUAGCACAAUAGUUGUUAUAUACCUCCAGUUCUUGCCAUGCAAUAUGAAAUAAUGUGCCAAAAAGUAUUUAGAAAAGUAAAAUUUGGUUUUAUAUGUGUCUGUAGAUCUUGUACAGACACAAAGAUUUUAGUCUUAAAUGUUUAAUGCUUGUUAGAGAUUUCCUAUAUGGAAUUUUAAUCUUAACUGUUACAGAUACACAGACAAUUAUAUUUUAUUUUUGUUGAAUAUUUCUUCUUGGUUUCAGUUUUACUUCAACCAGAAUAAGUGAAUGAUAUGAAUAUUAUAAUGAUUAUAUUUUUUUUCAUUUGGAAAUAAAAACAAAAAUCUUAUCCAUAUGAAUUACUUGCUUGAUUUUAACAAUCCAACAUGAAGGAAGUAAAAUGUACUUCAUAUAUUGAAAGUGCAGUCCAUUCUCCCCCAGCUCUUCACAAUGAAUAUUCAUAAGAUUAGUUUUGAGAGAAUUGUCUGUCAUGAAUGUCAUGGCUAUUUAUUUAUUUCAUUUUUUUUGCUAAGGCAUGUUUUAUAAGCAUUUCUAGGGUAAAUUUGUACACUUAUUCAUGAAAUUGUUAUUAACUUUUCAGAUAGUCUUCCCUUUUCUUGGAUCUACUUCCUUUAGUCCAGACACCACCAGGUUUUGUCACCUGUGCCAAUUUUUACGGCCGUUGAGCUAGGCAUCUAUGCAAAGAUUUUCUUUCACCAUCUUAACACUCCUUCAAGGAUUGAUUUUCCAAAGAUAUUUUGUUCUCCUAAAGAGAUUUUGCAGGUACAUGUAACUUUUGAUCAAGUAUGUUUAGAACUAUCUAUUUGAUAGGCAUAUUGGACCCAAAAUUGAAAUGUCUUGUAUUGAAUCCAAUCCAUAUGCCUUGUUUGUAUACAAACCGUUUACCGGAUUUGUUUCUCAUCAUUUGUUGGUGUAAUUUUGACAAAACAUCCAUGUUGACAAAGUUUUUUCUUUUAGCCAGCCAGAAUGACUGAGGUCGGAUAUAGAAUAGCAGCCUCAAAUGCAUCUGUCGUGCUCAAACAUUCAGCUCCGUGUACGUCUGCCUCUGAAGAAACCUCUUCUGUCUUUCUGCAGCAUAUUAUACAGUCCCCUGCAGGAAAAGUUAUUUCCAUGUGUGUAAUGAAUCCACUUGUUAUAAUUUGUAUUUCUUCCGCAAAGUAGUCAAAAGAAGACGGCAAUAAAUGGACGCUACACAGAGCGAAUGAAAGGUUAAUUUUCGAGGGCCAAUAUUCAGAGACUAUCAAUAUUAUAUUUUGAAUUUACCAAAAUAUAAAAGAGAAAUUAUUUUUUUUAGCUGUAUAUUGAAACCCUGAUUGUACCUCUUAUAUUACAAUAACUCACGUUAUUGAAGACAUCGUAUGUACUAUCUUUUUCACGUUUGGCAAGGUAGGUUUGAGAUUGAAUUUACACUGAUGCCUCAGUCAAGUGAUUGCUUUGUCCUUGGACAGAAGUUUGAAGAGCCCUUUCGUUGCUAUGUUGAAUGAAAGGUUACAGAUCCUCAAUUCACUCAGUUCAUUUUAUCAAAGCAUAAAAAGUGGUAUACGUAGACCUCUAUAUGUGGGACUCGACUCUCAUGACUGCACCUAAGAUGCAUGCAUUUUAUGACAUAGGUUCGUACAUUACUCCACAAAUCAAUGCAUAAAAAGAUUUUGAAAAUAUUGCUCCUAAAAAAAAAUGUCAAAUUACUCACAAUUUUCUCGGAGCUCGGUCCAGCAUCUAUUUUUUCCACCACUUUCACGUCUAGUCUUCCACUUUAAAUUUUGCUGAGAAAUUGCUGCCCAGCAGUCGUCUGCACAAAAUGUACCCAAAUGCUGCGCUGUGAUUGGCCAAUUACACCUAAAAUCCACGGUCUCGGUGGAGUCCACUGUUCAGACCACCCCAAACAGUUGACUCGAAAUGAUGACGUAAUAGGCUCUCUCGAAUCCGGGGAUUCGUUCGAGUCCACCUUUGUGAAUCACAAAAGCGAAUCCAUGGACUCUGGAUCUUGCAAAUCCAUGGAUUAAUCUGUGGAUUUUGCAGAAUCCACCUUUGUGAAUUCGGGCCCUUAUGUAGAUCUCUAAUCUUCCAAGUUAAUUUGAUUAGCCAUGCGUGGUUCAAGACAUAAGGCUCUGUUGGCAUCUCAUCCUUUAAUGCUUCCAACGCUGGCCUGUGAUCCGACGUCCUCUUUUCUGUUAAGAGGAGAUACCCCAAGGGCACUUGCUUCUGAUUCUCUUCGUUCUUGGUGAAUGCAUGAAUUGAAACUAAUUGACAGAAUGGAGCUCUUACCACCUAAGUGGAGAAAAAAAAAGAAGGAAAGUGAACUCUUUAAUAUGUUCUUAAAAA